CCUGAGGAUUGUCGGUGCGCUGCCGUGCGCACAGUUACGGUAGUGGUGCUGAUGAGGGCGAGGAGGAGAUGUGUGAUGCUGCUGUUGUGUCCUGCUGCCAUUUCAUCCGCCGACCGAUCCUCACGGAAAUAUCAAAUGCGGAGUGGAACCAUCUCGGAUCAUCUCUCGGUUUAAACACUCCAGAGGCUGCUCUCGUCCCUAAAACGGGUCACGUGCUGAUGUUGGACACGAGGCCUGGUUAAUGUGAUGCUUGUUAUUGGCGGGUUAUUUCUGUAACACCACCACUGCUGCUCUACAGGAUCAUUUGUAGGAAUCAUCGAUAUGGGGUUUGUUUUUUACAGACACUGAGCUCUUAACUUUAAGAUUUUAUUUUGGUGAGACAUGGAGACGAUAUGGCUUUAUCAGUUUCGCUUGAUUGUCAUUGGUGACUCCACGGUCGGCAAGUCGUGUCUGAUCCGGAGGUUCACUGAGGGCCGCUUUGCCCAGGUGUCAGACCCAACCGUGGGGGUGGACUUCUUCUCUCGCCUGGUGGAGAUCGAGCCGGGCAAAAGAAUCAAACUACAGAUUUGGGAUACUGCAGGACAGGAGAGGUUCAGGUCUAUCACCAGAGCUUACUACCGUAACUCCGUUGGUGGGCUCUUACUCUUCGACAUCACAAACCGCCGCUCCUUCCAGAACGUCCAUAACUGGCUGGAGGAGGCCCAGAGCCACGUCCAGCCGCACAACAUUGUCUUCCUGCUGGUCGGUCACAAGUGUGACCUGGAGGCCCAUCGUCAGGUGACCCAGCAGGAGGCAGAGAAGCUGGCAGGGGCCUACGGGAUGCGCUAUGUGGAGACAUCGGCACGGGAAUCCAUCAACGUGGAGAAGGCAUUUGUGGAUCUGACGAGGGACAUCUUUGAGUUGGUACGGACCGGGGACAUCAAGAUCCAGGAUGGCUGGGAGGGCGUCAAGAGUGGAUUUGUUCCCAACACCGUCCAUUCCUCCGAGGAGGUCACCAAGGGCAGCCGGCAAUGCUACUGCUGAUUUAUCUGGCUGCAGCAUGUGGGGGUGACAGGUAGUAAUACUCCAUUGGACUCCAUCUGUAGGAGAUCGCUCUCUCUCGCCUUGGCUGCACUCAGGCCAGUUUUUCGGGACUUGUAAUAUUUCCCCUGCUCAGUUACACACUUCUAUAUUUGAGACGCUGUUUUAACGUUGGGGUGCCUGUUCAUAGCUCUUCGUUGAUGUCCCUAACAGGCGUAGAAGCACAAGAAGCAUCCUAACCCUCUCACUGUUCUGUGUGCAUGUGUGUGUGACUGUAAUAACCCUGCUGUCUUUGCAGCUCUUACCAAACCUUCCGCUUUACUGCACUUUUUGGCCUUUUCUGAUGUGUACAGUUAUACUCCAGUUGUUGCCACACUUCUCUUAAAGACUGAUAAUGUCAGUGUAGUGUGUUUAUGCUCUCAUGUUAAUUUAAAUCUGAAUCAGUGAUGCCAAGACUGAGCCAUGCCUCGUCCUUUUCACGCAUAAUACUCAGAAUAUACUGCAACCUUGUACAGACUAUAACCAGUGAGAGACGAGACAGAAAGAGAUGUUCACUGAUUGUACUGCACUAAAUCCAAGUGGCUUAAUACAUGAAGAGAGCAGAUGAUAACAACGAUGAACUCAAAACUGAA